GCCGUCAGCUCGACAAGCAAAAACCUCCGAGCGGUCGAGCCCUGAACGGCGGCCAUAGAAGCUUCACUGAGGCUCAAAGAGAAGCCUCGACGGCGGGGAAAAGGGGAGUGGCUGGUUUUUUAGCUUCGCACAUGCUUGUUCCUGGCAAUGGAUAGUGUAUUCGCGGGAGUCUCGCCCCCAUUGACUUUGCUCAUUUCUGCUCAUAUUUUUCUAAGAGCGACCCUCUUUCCGUGGGCCUAGGACAAACUUCAAAAACCGAUCGCAUCUGCUCUCGGCCCGCAUCCCACUACAGACCACAAACGAUACACAAAAGCUUCACCAGAAAAUGCGCUCAGCAAUCGUUAUCCUCACGGCCCUCACCACUCUUGCCGUCCCAGUGCUGAGCUACCCAAACCCCCACCUAUACGAGCUCUCCCACCUCUUCCGCCGUUUCGAAGCCGUUGCAAUCACAGACCACCCAACCCACGCCCACACCGGCACCGCAACCACCGCAUCCGCAUCCGCAACAUCCACAACAACAUCCCCACCCAACCCCCUCCUCUCCCACCCCUGCGACCCCUCGACCGACAUCUGGGCCUGCUACGACACCGCCUUCAUGGCCUGCACGUUCACGGACCAGAAAUGGGUGCUGCAGGCGACGUGCAAAGGGGAGUGUUUGGAGGAUGAGACUGUGCGGCCGUUUUGCUUUAGGAAUUCGUUGGUGGGUGUGCCUACGGCGGGGAAUCUGACGCGGGGGAGUGCGACCGGGACGAGGACGAUGAGUGCGGCUAGGGCGACUGGGACCUCGGUGAAGGUUGGGAUGAGGGAGAUGGGGGAUGUGUAGGGUUGGAAAAUCGGUUGUUUGGGUAGGUCUCUUUGUUGGAGCGCAUUUUCGGCGCAUACCGAUGGCUGACAUUCUCUUCGUAUUUGUCCAGGUCAACGGAUAUAAAAUAGAGUAGGUAGCUUCAAUACGUAGUAACCUUUAUAUUUAAUUGUAGGGAGCCGUAGUGACGGCAACGACAGUAGUAGUACGUAGCUUUCAAUAUGAUA